AUGACGUCACGACGCUCGCUUCCUGCCCCGCUUCCUGCCCCGUCCCUCACCCUCCCCCACGGGCCGCCCCCGCCUCCUCCUCCUCCUCCUCCUCUUCCUCCUCCCCCCGCCGUGACUCCGGGAGCCGCCGCCGCCAUGAACGGCAAAGGGCCAUUCCCAGGCCAGCCCUCGUUCCCUGGCCCGGCCCCCCCCGGGUACCCCCAGACUCUGGCACUGCCACAGCCGCCCCCCUACCUUGACCCUGCACCUGCGUACCCCGAGCUCUACCGUCUCAGCUUCGUCCCCCUGGGCGCUGCUGGCAUCCCCCCCGUGUCCCCAGCGUACCCAGGUGCGUCCCUGUACCUGCCCCUGGCCCCGCCGCUGCCCCUGGGGGCUCUGGGCUCCCCCGUGGCCUAUUUGCCCCUGGGCCAGGUGUACCCACCAGGAUCCACCGUGCUGCUGGAAGGGUUUGACACCGGAGCCAGGCUGGGCACAGGCGGCACCAGCAGCAUCCCGCCGCCUCCCGCCGGGUGUCCCCCGGGUGUCCCCCCCGUGCCCGUCCUGCCCGGAGCCGCCGUCCUGCUGCCCCCACGCAAGGGGGGAUUCCCGGGGGGAGCCGGGGGUGGCUUCAGCCUCUGGUGAGGGGGGGGCCGGGUUUGGGGGGCCCCCCUGGCUGUCAGCACCUCCCCCAGGUACCUGUGCAGGGGCUGGGGACCCCAGAGGCCGGGAGGGGACACCCCCAGGUGACACGGGUGGGGUUCGGUUCAUUGGGGGUCCCGGGGGAGCUCAGCCCCACCCCGUCCUCAUUUACACGCAGCUCUAAUUAAUUAAUUAAUUAAUUAAAGGCCUCAUUAUGCCCUGGGGCGGGGUUUCCCCUUCCCUUCCCUCUGCUGGACCCAUCCAGGUUUCCCUUUUAGGGAAAGGUGGAUUUUGGGUGGGAAACGGGCAAAAAAAUCUCUCCAGACACCAAGUUCCCUUCCCAAAAGCCAAAACCUUCCCCGCAGUGAGAGGACACCCGGAGCUGCCCCCUCACCUGGGGGUGCCCCCUCAUCCUGACCCCCCUUCCUCCAGACCCCACCCCGGGAUGUGUUUAUCCCACUCCCAGUGAUCUCGGAUCGUUUGCACUUCAGCUCUAAUCAAAGCCAUGAGCGGUGCCAGGGCCGUGCUGCAGCUCCCGGGGAUCCUCCCGUCCCAGCUAGAACCGGGUUUAACCCAAGCUUAAGUAGCAAACGCUCGAUUUUAACUCAGACCCGGUGUUUGCACACCCAAAUCCCUUAAACCCGAGAGGCAGGGUUGUGUGGGAACUGCAGAGAACACAAACCCCUUGGGCUGUGGGAUGGUUUGGGGGUUAUCAAUGAACACAAACCUCUUGGGUCACAGGAUGGUUUGGGGGGUCAUUAAUGGGUUUAUUGUGGGAACUGCAGGGAACCCAAACCCCAUGGGCUGUGGGAUGGUUUGGGGGGUUAUCAAUGAAUACAAACCCCUGGGCUGUGGGAUGGUUUGGGGGGUCAUUAAUGGGUUUAUCAAUGGGUUUGUUAUGGGAACUGGUUGAUUUGGGAGGGUUAUCAAUGGGUUUGUUGUGGGAUCUGGCAGGGAACACAAACCCCUUGGGUUAUGGGAUGGUUUGGGGGGUUAUCAGUGAACACAAACCCCUUGGGCUGUGGGAUGGUUUGGGGGGGAACACAAACCCUUUGGGUUGUGGGAUGGUUUGGGGGUUAUCAGUGGGUUUAUCAAUGGGUUUAUUGUGGGAUCUGGCAGGGAGCACAAACCCCUUGGGCUGUGGGAUGGUUUGGGGGGUUAUCAAUGAUUUUGUUGUGGGAACUGCAGGGAACACAAACCCCUUGCACUGUGGGAUGGUUUGGGGUUUAUCAAUGAGUUUAUUGUGGGAUCUGGCAGGGAGCACAAACCCCUUGGGUCACAGGAUGGUUUGGGGGAUCAUUAAUGGGUUUGUCAAUGGGUUUGUUAUGGGAUCUGGCAGGGAGCACAAACCCCUUGGGCUGUGGGAUGGUUUGGGGGAUCAUUAAUGGGUUUAUCAAUGGGUUUAUCAAUGGGUUUAUCAAUGGGUUUGUUGUGGGAACUGCAGGGAACACAAACCCCUUGGGUUGUGGGAUGAUUUGUGGAUUUAUCAAUGGGUUUAUCGAUGAGCUGUUCAUUGGAGGCUUUAUGAAUGGGGUUUGUGAAUGGGAUGUUUGUAAAGGGAUUUUCUCACUGGGUUGUGAAUGAUCCAUUGUUUAUCAGUGACUCAUUCCUGCAUUGAUAACCAACCCUGCACAAGCUUGGGAGGAGCAUUUCAGGGAUCCUCAAUCGGGUGUUUUUCUUCUGUUUGGUUGUUAUUUGAUGAAGAAAGAGCUCAGAUUCGACUCUUUUAUUUUAAUAUUUCACUUUAAUCUCAAUCUGUGUCCUCUGUGUGUGUGACCAUCCCUGACUGUUCCCGAGCUUGGCUCUCGGACUCUCUGUGCUGCACUGAACUUGUGGAGUUUUUAUACUAAAAACCAAAAAUAAAGAUUAUUUUGAAAAUUUAAA